AUGGCGCCGGCGCACGUGUCAGCAGGCCGGCCUGGAGUGCCACCGCUCGCUCGGGACCGGGUCGAUCGUCUCCUGGUCCGCAUCAAGGAGAAGGCAGGAGUCACCGGAUCACCCGACAGUACUGGACAGAACUGUCAGGUUCUGGAGAAGAAAUAUUUUGCACAGUAUAUGGAUCUGAAGUUCCACCGAUGUGAGGCGUUUGAGCGAUUCCAUUUUUCCGUUGCAGUCCAUUGUGACCAGGUGGGAAAUCUUCACGUGGCGCUGAAAGAAGCUCCGCUGGAUACAGAUUGGCUUUGCCUAACUAGCUACCGCGGAGUCACAUUGGAACCUGGAGCUUUCUCUCGAUUCACAAGCCUGAAUGCUCUCUAUAUAUUCUCAGCCUUCAACUUUUCACUCUUCACUCACCUUCACCUUCUGGACCAUCUUCUGCUGGAAAAUAACAAUAUCGAUUAUCUAUCUGAAGUAACAGCAUCACUGGGAACGUUCCGAAACCUAAAAAAACUAUCUGUAAUUGGCAAUGGAAUUCAGGAACUUACAACUGCCGGUUGUCUCACUUCACAAAACGCUUCAAGUCGCGGACAGUUUGUAGAUUUCAACAUCAGCCACCUUGACCUGAGCAGCAACGCAAUAGCCGUCACUGAACGAAUGUCUCUCUGCAACUUUCCACACCUGGAGGUUCUUACCUUGGGCAGGACUGGCGCUGAAAUUGAAAACCUAUUUGAAUCAGGUGUCGAGACCAUCAAAACGAUUUCAAUAGAAUGGACUGGACUUGACAUAUUUGAUAUCUGUGCGUGCGCAUCGCAUUUUAAAACAGAGGAACUUCUCCUCAUUUAUUCUUCCAUAUAUAAAAUUAACACUUUCAGAGGCUCCUGCAAACACUUGAAGAAGUUAUAUUUAUCAGGGAAUGACUUGGAAAAGUUUGGGGUAAAACAAAUGGAAAAAUUAUCUAAUUUGUUAGAACUGGAUCUAUCAGAAAACCGCAUAGAAAGCUUAAAGAUCUGCGCAAAUGAAUCCGUGCCGACGCCGAAGCUGGUUUACCUGAAUGCAUCUUUUAAUUAUUUACUUCGGCUACAAAAGGGGCAAUUCACCUGCCUGAAGGAACUCAAGAGCUUAUCACUGGAGAACAACAAAAUCAAUCACAUCGAGGACUUGGCCUUCGACGGUUUGGAUCAACUGAGGCUUUUGAAUCUUCAAUAUAACAACCUGUUCAAGAUUGGCGAGUUCACAUUUUCCAAUUUGUUUUUGGUGAGACAAUUGAAUUUAUAUGGAAACGUAGUAGCUGAACUUCAUUCACAGGCAUUUAGAAACAUUUUUCUUCAAAAUAUAAGCGUGACCUAUGAUAUCCUGAAUGAUUUGUAUUGGUGGAAAUAUAUACGAAGGUCAUUGAGAAAUAUCUCGGUGAAGACCAGUAAUUUGCACCUGGAAAGUGACGUUUUAGAUGCAUUUCCAUUUCUUGAGAGCCUAGAAAUAGACUCGCCCGACGUCAUCCUCCGCUGUGCUGCAUUUGCUGCAGCUAAAGAGUUGCAUCUGAAAAACACCAAACAGUUUUAUAAUGCCGAUGCACCAUUGAGCCCGCUCGUCACUUUUACGAAGCUUGAAAAGCUCUAUUACUCCGGAGACCCGCAGGAUGUCUACAAUGUUAGUGAGGUCAUUCACUCGCUGAAAGACGUGCCGUCAUUAAGGUUUCUUUAUUUGCACGAUACUGACAAAACGGUUAAAUACAAUCAGAUAAAUGUCAACACCAUCUUCCAAAGAUUAUCGCAUCUCAAAGUCUUACAUUUGAAGAACUCUGGAAUAGACCGUUUGGAUUCCAAGGAUAUUUUUAGUGAUUUACAAGGUCUGGAGUUCCUCGUCAUCGAAAAUCAGAACAUGCAGGAGGUGGAGUCGGUUGUAUUUGAUUCCAUGCCGAGCUUGAAGUACAUUUACUUCUUGCAGACCACCUUUCCCUGUAGUUGUAAGUUCAAAGGGUUACUCUUAUGGCUGGAAUCUAACACCCGUGUGUCCAUCAUUGGCUUUCACCACCAGGAAUGUCUGGUCAACCACAUCAGCAUCGAUUUGAUAUCUUUCUUAAACAACAAUUGUCAGAGCGAUUUGGAUCUUAUAAUGUUCGUACUGAGCUUUUGCUGUACGCUGUUGUUCAUGUGCGUAUCCCUCUUCCAUGAAAGUAUCUGGUGGUACGUUCUCUACCUAGUCUACACCGUUAAAUGCUGGAUGAACCACAGGCUGCAGCACAAGGAAAGCUAUGACUAUGACGUCUUUGUGUCCUACAACACAAACAACGAACUCUGGGUCACCGAGCAGCUUCUUCCCAACCUGGAGCAGAAUGGUCCUCCUUUCUUCAAGGUGUGUAUCCAUAACCGGGAUUUUGAGAUCGGCAGAUACAUUGUGGAGAACAUCAUGGACAGUAUCUAUAACAGCAGAUGGACCGUCUGUGUUAUUUCCCGCAGUUACUUGCAGAGUAACUGGUGUUCCCUGGAGAUGAGGAUGGCGACUUACAGGCUACUAACGGAGAGUAAGGAUUCUCUCAUUCUGAUAUUCCUUGAUAAGAUCUCCAGAGAGGAGCUGCAGUAUUACCAUCGGCUGACUAAGCUGUUGGAUAAGAAGACCUACCUGGAGUGGCCACAUGAUGAGAACGGACAGCAACUCUUCUGGGCGAGACUACGUAAAGUGAUCGCUAAGUCCGGUAGGAAGCUCAAGACCGUAGAGGUGGAGAGACUCAAGAAGGACCGGUCUAAGAAGAAGCCGGCUCAGAGCUUCGGGUGA